AUGUCAAGUCGCGGUUCGAAGUCCGAGGGUAGCAAGAGUGCACAGCCCAAACCGGUAGAGAGUGGUGUGGUUAGUGACAGUGAUAUGGAGAAUGGUGGUGAUGGUAGUGAUGAUGUGGUAGUGGUGGAUGAGACGGAGAAGACCGUCGAUGGUCAAACCUGUAGGAGCUGUGGAGGACCUGAUACCGACGAAAUGGUACAAUGCGAUCAGUGCGAUGGAUGGCAUCAUUACGAUUGUGUUGGAGUAACCGACGAAGUUGUCAACCAGAGCUGGAGUUGUACCAACUGCAAGACCGCAAAAUGGAUCCAGCGAACUACGACAACUUCAGGCAAACAAUCAACACCGAAGGAUACCAGAAAGGAGCACAAAUCGAAACGUACGUCGUCCGUUAAGGAAACUACAGCGACUACGCCUAUUCGUUCAUCUAGUGGUAAAUUUAAAUCCACUCACUCCGAGCCUGCGGUACUAUUCAUGGGUAAUCCACCAGUUCCAGAACCAAGUGGAUCAAAAAAGCGGUCAGGGCCAGCGCCGUUGGUGGAACCAGAUUCUGUUUCUCAACCGAAUAUUGGAAUGGGCAAACAGAAGGAGAAGCUUUUUGUGCCGUCAGUGGAAGGACUGCCCGAAAUUGAGUUGGAGAAGAAGUUUUCAGAAGUUUCGUGUUCCUCGUCGCAGAGAUCCGCUCGGAAUCGUGCCAAGUUGCAGCUACUGAGGCUGCAGGAAGAAAAGGAGUUCGAAGAACGGCAAUCAGAGCGACGCAAAAAGCAAGAAAAGGAGGUGGCAGAACGUCGGCGGUUAGCUGAAGAAAAAGAAGCGGAACGUCGGCGGGUAGCUGAACACGAAGAAGCAGAAAAGCACAGAGAAUUCCUAACCAAGAAGUAUAAGAUUCUGGAGGACUUGGCAAGUGAAAAGGGGUCAAGACGGAGUUCUAGUUCUAUCAUUUCGCGAAGUCGGGUGGAAGAAUGGGUGAAAACUGCGAGUCGUACUCAGUUGAAGACAGCCGAGCCUGCACCUGAUUCUAACGCUCAGGAACAGCUUCGUCAACAACAACGACAACAGCAGUUACAGCAGGAGCGGCUGCGGCAGCAAGAUCAACAACAGUUGCAGAGAGAAGACAAAUUCCGACAGUACCAACAGCAACAACGUCAACAACAGCUGCAACAGGAGAAACUUCUGCGGGAGCAACAGCAACAGUUGCAAAAGGAGGAAGACCGCGUCAACCAAUUGUGGGAAGAGCAGUUGAAGCAGGAAAGACGUCUGCUCGACCAACAACUAGCAAAUCGUAACCAAUUUAGAAAUCCGGUGCCUUCGAGACAGUUUCCAACACUGCAACCUACGACUGCACUGGCAAAUCGUGCAUCGGGUAAUCCCUAUCGAGAUUCGAUGCGCGGUCAAUCAGGACACUUCAGUCCAGGAACUCUACCGCAGUCAACGCAAGUUCAACCCGAAGCAAAUCAUCCGAGCAGCUCAACUGUGGAUCGAUCAGCUUGCAAUCCAGCGCGUGCUACACGACCUCUGAGAUCCUCGAGGAACUCCACGGUUAUGGAAGAUGACUACGACCAGUUUCAACUUUCACGCUCCCAAAUUGCAGCACGGCAAGCAGUUUCGAAAGAUUUGCCUACAUUUUCUGGCAAUCCGGAAGAAUGGCCGAUCUUUUUGUCCAUGUUCAACAGCACGACAGCUAUGUGUGGAUUCACGGAAGAGGAAAACUUGGUCCGACUGCAACGAAGCUUAAAGGGGAAAGCCUACGAGGCCGUCAAGUGCCGGCUAAUGCAUCCAGGAAACAUACAAGGAGUUAUGGAUACGCUGAGAAUGCUGUACGGUCAACCGGAAGUAAUUGUGCAUUCCUUGAUUGCAAAGAUAAGCUCGCUACCAGCGAUUCGCGAAGAUCGACUGGAAACAUUGGUAGAUUUCGCAGUGAGCGUUCAGAACUUUUGUGCUACAGUUGAGUUAUGCGGUUUGGAGGACUACAUGUAUAACGUCACCCUGUUACACCAGCUCGUCAGCAAACUACCACCGAAUAUCAAGCUAAGUUGGGCUCAACACCGGAAAACGCACCUAACGGUCAACCUGGUGACCUUCAGCGAAUGGGUCUACACUCUAGCGGAAGCAGCAAGUUCAUUAACGUUUCCUACAAUACCGCUGGAAACAAAGCCUGGGCGGAACGAUAUUCGUCGGAGCAAAAAGGGAGACACCUAUCUUAAUGCGCAUUCCGAGACAACAGUUCACCACGACAAGAAAUCAAAUACGUUUCCAAAGGCGGAAGUAGAUCCUGCACCAACACCAGCCAAGGAGGUGUGCCCAGUAUGCAAAGAGAACUGCAAAUCUGUGGACAAGUGCAAACGUUUUCGAGAAUUCUCCAGGGAAUCCAGAUGGGCUGUAGUGAGGGAGUGUGGACUUUGCCGCACAUGCCUUCGACAACACAAGGGAAACUGCAAGGCCAAACCAUGCGGCAAGGACGGAUGCGCAUACAGACAUCAUGAACUGCUACACAAUGACAACAAAGAAAAGAACACAACUCCGAGCGGAAAUCAACAGUCGUCCCAACCUGAAGCUGGUAGUUCCGGACAUGGUUGCAACAUACAUCAGACAACAUCAAGCUCUGUGUUGUUUCGCUAUCUCCCGGUAGUGCUUUCAGGACCUGGAAAGGAGGUACAUACGUAUGCCUUUUUGGACGAAGGCUCUGCACUGACGCUACUGGACCAAGAAUUAGCUGACGAGCUGAAGUUAGAUGGAACCUCGAGUCCACUCUGCCUUCGUUGGACCGGAGGAACUCAACGCUACGAGAAGAAUUCCCGUAUUGUCAAGCUUCACGUUUCUACAAGACAUCACGAAGCCAAGAAGUUCCAUCUGGAGGAUGUGCGAACAGUGAACGAACUAAAGCUGCCACACCAAACUCUAGAUUUCGAUGAGCUAGUGCGUUUGUAUCCGCAUCUUAAAGGACUGCCUAUCGAGUCAUACCACGACGCUCGUCCGCGCAUCCUGAUAGGAAUGAAGCAUGCUCAGCUGGGACUGACGCUGAAGAGCCGUGAAGGAGAGUUAGGUCAACCGAUUGCGAUGAAGACCCGGCUGGGAUGGACUGUUUGUGGAGGACUGUGUACCGGAGAGACGCCGAAUAUGUUCCAUUACACGUUCCACGUACGCUCGUGCAACGAAGAAUCCGACGAAAACCUACAUCUAGCCAUGAAGGAGUACUUUUCCCUUGAUAGUCUCGGGGUUAUAAAGCCAGCGAAGGUGCUUCUAGCGUCCGAAGAUGAGCGAGCCCAGUCACUUCUACAGUCCCGUACACGUUUCAACGGCGAGCGUUACGAAACAGGCUUACUUUGGCAAUACGACGACAUCCGUCUGCCCGAUAGUCGAGAAAUGGCACUACGUCGACAUCAGUCCUUGGAAAAACGAAUGGCGAAGGAUCAGCAGCUGGCGAAAGUACUGCAGCAAAAGAUCGCCGACUACACAACGAAAGGAUACGUUCGCAAGCUUUCCGACGAUGAAGUUCAGCAGCAAUCUACGCACACAUGGUUUCUGCCCAUAUUCCCAGUCACAAAUCCAAACAAACCUGGAAAAGUGAGGAUAGUGUGGGACGUUGCAGCAAAAGCUCACGGAAAGUCCCUGAAUUCUGCUCUAUUCAAAGGACCGGAUCUACUCUCGUCUCUUCUCGCGAUUCUGCUUCGAUUUCGCCUGCAUCCUGUUGCAGUAACUGGAGACAUCCGUGAAAUGUUUCAUCAGGUGCUGAUUCGCGAAGAAGAUCAACAAUACCAGUGCUUCUUUUGGACGGAUGAAGAAGGCAAUCUCGUUGUGUACGCAAUGAAAGUCAUGACGUUUGGGGCGUGCUGUUCUCCGAGUAGCGCGCAGUACGUGAAGAACAUUAACGCGGAGCGCUUCAAAAGUAACUACCCAGCUGCAUACGAAGCCAUCACGAAGUCACACUAUGUCGAUGACAUGUUGAUCAGCGUUGCAUCCGAGAAAGAAGCGAUUCAGACUGCGAAGGACGUCAGACACGUUCACGCACAAGGCGGGUUCGAGAUCCGGAACUGGAUCAGCAAUUCCAGACGGGUAACAUUGGCGCUGCAAGAAGAAAACACGAAGGAGAAAAGUCUUGAUCUUUCAUCAGAGUUAUCUACGGAGAAGGUCUUGGGCAUGUGGUGGAAUACAACAACCGACAGCUUCACAUACAAGGUUGGUUGGAAUCGCUACGACGGAGCUUUGCUGAAAGGUGGAAGACGACCCACUAAGCGAGAAGUUCUACGAGUCCUCAUGACUAUAUUUGAUCCGCUUGGACUGAUAGCGCACUUCCUAGCUUACCUGAAGGUCCUGUUACAAGACAUCUGGCGAUCCGGUAUUAGUUGGGACGAGGAAAUAGACAGCGACGCGUUCGCGAGUUGGCUAACCUGGCUGAAAGUCUUGCCAAAAGUCGAGAACGUACAGAUCGCUCGCUGCUACUGUUCCAGUUACCCAUUCACCGAAGCCGAUGAGGUACAGCUACACACCUUCGUUGAUGCCGGAAAGAAUGCUAUGGCAGCCGUUUCGUUUCUUCGCUUCGUCAGGGACGGGAAAAUCCACUGCUCCCUCGUAACCUCGAAGGCCAGAGUUGCACCGUUGAAGCUCACUUCGAUUCCUCGACUAGAGUUGCAAGCAGCUGUAAUAGACACACGGCUCGCUCGUACGGUCAUCGAAACGCUUUCCAUGCGGAUUACGGAAAAAUUCUACUGGUCGGAUUCACAGGACGUUCUGUGCUGGAUCAACUCUGACCAUCGACGAUACAGUCAGUUUGUCGGAUUCAGAGUCACCGAGAUUCUGGAAGUUACAGAAGCGCAUGAAUGGCGAUACGUACCAAGCAGACUAAACGUAGCGGAUGAUGCUACAAAGUGGAACGUGCAUCCUGAUCUAUCUAUCGCCAGCAGGUGGUUUAACGGACCUGACUUUCUCUGGUCAACCGAAGACAAGUGGCCGCAAUCUGCAAUCCGGAACGAAUCAACAGAUGCCGAGCUCAUAGCAAGUCUUUCAACCCACUACACUCUUCCAGAACCGAUCGUCUGCGCUGCGGACUACUCCAGCUGGGAACGAAUGAGAAGCAUAGUCGCACAGGUACAACGGUUCACAGCAAACUGCCGUCUCAAACAACAGAAGCUGCCAACUAAAACGGGAUCGCUCGCCGCAAGUGAAUUGGGCACAGCUGAAACGUAUCUGAUCCGCAUGGCACAGCAAGACGGCUAUCCUGAGGAACUUUCUAUCCUACGGAAUACGCCGCAAAUCGAGGGAGAUCUGCCAGUGCCGCUUCCGAAAUCCAGUUCGCUCUACAAGCUGACACCGUGGCUAGACGAACGUGGUAUAUUACGAAUGAGAACACGUAUCGCAGCAUGCCAGUACGCCACUGAAGACGCGAAGAAACCCAUCAUCCUACCUCGAAAGCACCACAUCACUACCUUAAUAAUAUCCCACUACCACAAUAGAUACCACCACCAAAAUCACGAAACAGUGAUAAACGAACUGCGGCAGAAAUAUCAAAUCGGCCGCUUACGCUCGUGCUUCAAACAAGUACGCAGAGAUUGCCAGAGAUGUAAGAACGAUGGUGCUGCACCGAAUCCUCCAUUCAUGGCCGACCUACCUCCUGGUCGCCUAGCAGCAUUCUCUCGUCCGUUCACGCACACCGGAGUCGAUUACUUUGGACCAAUUGAGGUCGUCGUCGGCAGAAGGGUCGAGAAACGCUGGGGAAUGCUGGCCACCUGUUUGACCGUCCGGGCGAUACACAUUGAAGUAGUCCACUCACUGACCACUAGCUCAUGCAUCAUGGCAAUCCGGAAUUUCAUCGCUCGGCGUGGCCGACCUCGUAAGUUCUACAGCGACCGAGGAACCAACUUUGUCGGAGCGGAGCGUGAAAUGAAGAAGCUUGAAGAAGUGAUCGACCACGAUGAGAUCAUGAAGGAGUUCACCAGUACCGAGAUUGAGUGGGUGUUCAAUCCUCCGCUGGCACCACACAUGGGCGGAAGUUGGGAGCGGCUAAUACGAACCGUGAAAAGUAACCUUAUGGCCGUCUGCACAACAAGAAAACCGUCCGACGAAGUGCUUCGAAACACUCUCACCGAAAUCGAGAGCGUGGUAAACUCCAGACCACUAACACACGUGCCGGAAGAUGACGAUUCUGCCCCAGCUCUCACCCCGAACCACUUCCUGCUCGGUUCAUCCAACGGAACGAAACCAUUAGUCACGAGUAACGACUGUCGUUUCGCCUUGAAGCAGAACUGGUGCACCUCUCAGAUUCUGGCCAAUUUGUUCUGGAAGCGGUGGGUCACCGACUAUCUCCCAGAAAUCACCCGCCGGUCGAAAUGGUUCCAGUCUACGAAGCCUAUCGCUACUGGGGAUGUAGUGAUCAUCGUCGACCCUAAGAUGCCCCGGAGUUGUUGGCCAAAAGGGAGGGUCAUCAACACAACCGCCAGUCGAGAUGGCCAGGUCCGGUCCGUGACCGUAAAGACAGCCUCCGGAGUCUACGAACGCCCAGCAGCUAAAAUAGCAGUGUUAGAUGUUAAGCGCGUCGAGCCGUAA